GAUGACAAGUCAACAUAAAUCAACACAAACGUCGUUUUAUCCUUGUUGAUUCAGAGAGUGACAAAGGUAGAAUGACACUUGUAUCGGCUUGUGUCAUCAAAUGGAAAGCACCCAGUAUCUCAUCGGUGACAAUAAGGAUAUGUUUAUAAUUGAGGAAAAAUGAAGUCUUUAUUUCCCCACAGAGGUUAUCACAUUUUGAUUCAAAUUCAACGCAUGGUACUGUGACCCUUUUUUUUUGGAUCGGAAAACCAAAUAGGGGAAUAAGAAGAAGAAGAAAACAAGAACAUGGAUCAUGCGCUUCGUGCGUAACUCGGUUAUAUCUCUCGUGAUUAUUGUUGAAUUCAAAUUUACCAAAAUGACGUCGAUACUUUGUAUGCGUACUGGCUUUGCAGUAAGCCGAACAUUUCUUUUACCCAAUAUUCUUGGGAGAAGUUACGUUACAUACAUUCAAGGCCAAUCCCCUAAACCUCGUGUGCGAGAAUACUUCUAUUAUAUUGAUCAUCAAGGCAUGUUGUUCCUGGAUGAUGUCCGCAUAAGGAAUUUUACCUCCUGCUUUAAAGACAAGAAAUUCCUGGCAUUCUUCUUCAAGCGCCUAAGAAAAAACAAUACCGAACGUUACACAGACGACUUUCCAUUCUUAUCAAUUUGUGGUGUAGAGAGAAAUUAUGUGAGAUGUGACGAUUUGCCAUUGGUCUUUACGAAGGUAAUUCAAAAGCGUAAUGUGGAAACUGGCGCAGAAGAGGACUGGUUCAGUUAUGCGCACGCAGAUGAUUUAUUGACGGUGCAGUUUGAGCCACAAAGAUUAUUUAUGAACAUUAAAACGGGAAGAGUGUACCAUCCUGCACCAGAGAAAGCGGGCGGGAUCGGUUUAGUGAGAUCUAAUCUAGCUAUUGAAUUCAGUGCUUCGUUCAACUUUAAAAACGGCGAAGGAAACGCACCGACACAUUUUAUGUGGAGAGACGAGCGAUACCAACUCGAUACGGAAUGGUACAAAGAUAAACUGUCAUAAAUAGUGAAAUAAAAACAACAAAAUUUUUUUUAUAAUUCGUAAAUACAUUGCGUAACUAUAAAAAAGGAAUUUUUCAAUGAAAUUGUAAGCCUCAAAUAAGCUUUAAUAGUCACCUCAAUCGUCCAUUAAAAAAGUUAUUAAGAAAGAAUUUACAAACAAGCGUUAUCUGAAAGAAUCUGAAUAAGAUUCUACAAAAAAAUUAUAUGUACUAUAAGUGCUGCGGAGAAAUGAAACCUCUGCACAUUUCUACCCGAAAAUAUUCUAUUCUAAUCAAAUCUAAUUCUAAUUUGAAAUUAGAAAAUCCCG